CUAGUGCAGGGCUGCAAGGGCAGGAGGAUGCAGUGAGCAGUGUCAGCGCCAUCACUAGUGACGGUUGUGGGAUUCACUCGUGGUCUUGCUCUUUGCAAGACGUCCGCUGUGGAGGCUCUCGCAGUGCUCUCACGAUUUCAGGGAGCACCGUACUGACAUGGCUCCUGGCAAAGAAGCUCGAGCAGCCAUAGAAGACCUCAAGAAAGAAGAUGGCAGCAGCUGUGAAGAACAACGUUAGUACCAUUCACCAUUUCGAUGCUGUCACUGAGCUUUCUCCAGAGUCGUACGAGAUUGGUGUGCAAGUCCAUUGCCGUGCAGUAUUCCCGAUUCCAUCCAAAUAUGGACAAGCCGGUGGAAAUUUCAAUCAGAACAAAACUGACUCAAGGCCUUGGACCUUGUCACCUAGAGGUCCAUAAUGAGAGCUACAUGCAUGCAGUACCCAAAGGGUCAGAAACACACUUUAAAGUGGUAGUAGUGUCUGAGACCUUCAAUGGAAAGUCUCUGAUUCAGAGACAUAGACUUGUGAAUGAACUUCUGAAGGACGAGUUAGCUGGGCCUGUACAUGCGCUGUCCAUCCAGGCUAAGACUCCUCAACAAUGGGAAGAGAAUCCAACCGUUGGACAAAGCCCUGCUUGCAUGGGCGGCUCGAAACAUGACCCUGAGAUGAGCAAGAAGGUCAAUAGUCUGGUGUAGACCAGAGCCUGAUAAGUUGUGGCGCAAGGCUCCGUGUUCUUGGUUUGUAAUCGCUGUCUAAGAAUGUGACUGGUGAAAAUAUAUACUUAACGCUCUC